CUUCUGUGUUCAUGGCUUCCCCUAACAAGGCUGUAAUCGUGCCCGGGAACGGAGGCGGGGAUGUGGCCACCCACGGCUGGUAUGGCUGGGUGAAGAAGGCGCUGGAACAGAUACCUGGUUUCCAGUGUUUGGCUAAAAACAUGCCUGACCCAAUUACAGCCCGAGAGAGCAUCUGGCUUCCCUUCAUGGAGACGGAGCUGAACUGUGACGAGAAGACCAUCAUCAUAGGCCACAGUUCUGGGGCCAUUGCAGCCAUGAGGUAUGCAGAAACCCAUCGAGUAUAUGCGACUGUAUUAGUGUCCGCAUACACAUCAGACUUGGGGGAUGAAAAUGAGCGUGCAAGUGGAUACUUCAGCCACCCCUGGCAGUGGGAGAAGAUCAAAGCCAACUGCACUCACAUUGUACAGUUUGCAUCCACUGAUGAUCCUUUCCUUCCCUGGAAGGAACAACAAGAAGUGGCCGACAGGUUGGAAGCCAAAUUGUACAGAUUCACUGACCGUGGCCACUUUCAGAACAUGUAUUUUCCCGAACUGAUUAAUGUGGUCAAGUCUAUGCUGAAAGUACCAGCACAGGCAGAAUGAUUUCUGCUAUUUUGCAUACCAAUAUAAUAGAGCAAUUAUCAGAUUAUAAUCAUAAAAAAUGCCCACAAAAACAAACAAGUCUCAAUGUUCAAAAUAAAUUACAAACAGCAUUUCCAUUUUCUAUAGACUCUCCAUCUCCCCAAAUUGCUAUGAACUAAAGCACUAUUUUCCCCGAAUGGUAAGGGACAUAAGGACCUCUCAACCACCCAGUGAUUAAGACGGAAAUGGAACCCAGGUUUCCUGACUUACAGUCUAGAUCAAAACUGAAUACAUUUCAUGGAUGUUAUAGGAGUUGUACUCCUCUUUGAAGUGAAACUUUUCUAUUUUAUUGGAGAAAUAAAACGUGACUAAAGGUCCAGAAUGUUGACUUAGAGCUCAGACACUUGUUUUGAGCUGGCCCAGUAUAUUAAACCCAGACUGGGCCCUUCACCUUUGACACCCUGCCCUCACCCGCAACCCCCAGUCCUCCAAAUAGGUUGAGAGAGAAUGAAAUAUAAGGAUGCUAUGAGGCAGGGGUCUGCAAGGAUAAGGCAGGGAAUAUGAGCAGUCAACCUUUUUGUCUAAGACCUCACUGGGGAAGAUAAGGGCAAUGUGGAGAGUUCAUGUCAUGUAGAAAUGUGGCAAGGUGUUGCCAAUUUUCUGAUUUUUCAAUUAAAAAACUUUAUACAAUGGUUUUUACAUUCAGGGAAGAUAUAUUUAUCUAUAUAUAAUCCAUAUGUACAAUAAUUAUGUCCAGUUCAUAUACAUAUGGAUUAGUUGGCAACUACAAUGUAAAUAAAUUUAAAAACACUGCAAUACACAAAGUCCAAGCCAUCCAUUUGUGGCCUGUAACUAUUAACUUAGCCAGGUGCUUUAAAUGAUUCUCCAAAAAGCCUGAGAAAUGAACAUACUGUCAAAGGAUGAAAUCAUGGAAAAAAUUUGG